GGUCAGCGACGUUCUCUCUGUCGUCGCGCGCGCGGGACACCUCGAGCCGCGCUCGUUGCACGUACAACACCUGCCGCGCGAUUAGGCACGCACGAUUCGUCCAUCCGUAACCCGUUCCGGCGACCAUUUUUUAAGACUGCAAAUUUUGAGCAGUGCCUCUCCCCCGACCCGAAAAUCGGGGCGACAUCGGCGCAGCGCGAUCGCCCGAGUGCCGUCGCGGGAAUCAUGCACGGGAAAAUGAUUGACGAUAACAACAACAGCACCAAUGACAUGUCGAUCUGUGAGUGAAUAUGCGCACGGGAGAAUGAGACUCGCUCGUUCGAAGCGGAAGAACAUUCUCAGGACCGUCGGAAGCGGACAACCUCGUCAUGAUGUUGGUUCCACAAGACAUUAUGGGCGGCCCGUCGAAGAUGCUCUACCAAAUGAACAAGUACUACGCCGAGCGUGUACAGGCACGCAUGGGCCAGGUGCAGAAGACCAUACGGGAGGUGUGCAAGGUCGUGCAGGACGUGCUCAAGGAGGUCGAGGUGCAGGAGCCGCGCUUCAUCUCCUCGCUGACCGAGUGCAACGGCCGCUACGAGGGUCUCGAGGUGAUCUCGCCGGGUGAAUUCGAGGUGGUCCUCUACCUGAAUCAGAUGGGAGUUUUCAACUUCGUCGACGACGGCACCCUGCCGGGCUGCGCCGUGCUGAAGCUCAGCGAUGGGCGCAAGAGAUCCAUGUCCCUCUGGGUCGAGUUCAUCACCGCGUCCGGCUACUUGUCGGCCAGGAAGAUACGCUCGAGAUUUCAGACUCUGGUGGCGCAGGCCUGCGACAAGUGCAACUACAGGGAUUCGGUGAAGAUGAUCGCCGAUACUACCGAGGUGAAACUACGGAUACGGGAGCGAUACGUCGUGCAGAUCACGCCAGCGUUCAAGUGCUCCGGUGUGUGGCCGCGAUCCGCCGCUCAUUGGCCGAUACCGCACAUCCCCUGGCCGCAUCCCAACCUGGUGGCGGAGGUCAAAACGGAGGGCUUCGACCUGCUGUCGAAGGAGAGCGUCGCGCUUCAGGGCAAGCAAUCGGCGAUGGAGGGUGACGCCUGGGUGUUGUCCUUCACGGAAGCGGAAACCAGGCUGCUACAGGGCGGCUGUCGUCGAAAGUGUCUGAGUAUACUUAAAACCCUAAGGGAUCGACACCUCGAUCUGCCCGGAAAUCCAGUCACCAGCUACCACAUGAAGACCUUACUGCUGCACGAGUGCGAGAAACAUCCCCUCGAGACCGAAUGGGACGAGGGAUGCCUGGCCGACCGUAUUAAUGGCAUCUUCUUGCAGCUGAUAUCCUGCCUACAGUGCCGGCGAUGUCCGCACUACUUCCUACCGAAUCUCGAUCUCUUCAAGGGAAAGUCACCUAGCGGUCUGGAAAAUGCGGCGAAGCAAGUUUGGAGACUUACGAGGGAGCUGCUCACGAACAGCCGUGCGCUCGAGAAGCUUUAGCGUCCUCCUGCUCGAAAGCACACGAUGGAAAAAAGAAAACGCGCGAUGAUGAGAAGAGAGAAACGAUGACACACGUGUAACACAAUUUUUAAGCACGUUUCUACCGCAUGGUACUACGUGCUUCUCCGAUACUACACGCAAACAGUAUUGUAGUUACUGUUAUUACUUAAUACACGCUUGUAUCAAGGGCUUGGUGCAUUGUUACAAAUGACUCUCGACACGUAAGCCACUUUAAAUCGUACACUUGUUUUCCUUCGAUAACAAUCGCGGUUCAACGAGCAAUAAUGAUCGUCAAGUAGAUAAUUCAGACUUUUAAUUUUCUGUUUAAUAUUCAAACAGUCGCAUGGAAAUCAAAUAAUUAUAUAAUUAAAAAUCUAGCCAUAAUUCUUUUUUAUAUGAGUAGCUAUUAUGUUUGACUAAAAUUGAUUAUAUUAUUCAUAUGAGCAAAAAUUUCGUCCAUUAAAUAAAAUAAAAUCAAGUCUGUAUCAUUUUAAAUUUUCCGAACAAAACGAAAUAUAUAUACCAUACAUGAUUGAUUGUCAAAGUCGAAUGAUAUCCACUUGAAUAGAUGGAAAUAAAAUUCGCGCAAAUUAUAAAAUCUUAAAAGAAAAAAAAGCGAAAAGUAUACGAUUAACUAAACUAUCUAAACAUGCUGCAAAAUAUACAUAUAAUCUAAUUCGUUUUAUUGUUAUAUUUCGAUUAGUUAUACGAUUUUUCUCGAAAUCAAUAUAUUAAUGUUUUAUUUCAAUGUGUGAUCAAUGUAAAUUGCUGCAGUCAAAUAAGCAAAGUCACUGCAAUUAAACUUAUGAUAUCCAUGCGACUAGGUAAACGCUAAGUAUGGCAUAUCUUGAUAGUUAAUGAAAAACAUUAUGUUUUUUGCAACGCAUAUGGGUUGUGCAAUUGGCUCUGUUGAAAUAGAAUAUUUCAUAUAAUUGUUUAGUGCAAUAAUAGUUACUCCAUCUCCAUUAUAAAACAACGAAAUAUCAGAAUUGUAAUAGCAAUAAGAUAAAAAAUAAAUUUUGAAGACACAAUGCUGUCCUACAAUUUAGUGAUACUCCGUAUGAAACUGUAUUGACGAAUGAAUGUUCACACUUCCAACAUUUUAAUGAGUCAAGGUUAUUUUCGCAUUCUAGAUUAUUUAAGAAACAUAUAUAAGAUAUGUAAUACGUUCCGAUUAAUUAUUAUUACAAUUCUCUUUUUAUCUAAGCGGAAUAAUGUGAUUUGUUAUCCUUAUUAAUAUUUAUAAUCGGUUAGCAACGAGCUUCCGGUAGUUUUACAACGUUAUAUGUAUAUAUGUGGUAUACAUACUUCUUUUAUAUUAUUUAAAUGAUAUUUAUUUCAUA